GAAGGAGGAGGCUGCGAAGCGCCUGGAGGCGGAGCUGGAGGUGCGCACGAACGACCUCCAAGAGCGUGCAAACGACCUCCAAGAGCGUGCUGCUGCUGCCGAGGAUGCCGCUCGCCGUCGCUGUGCCGCUGCAAGGGAGAAGGAGGAGGCUGCGAAGCGCCUGGAGGCGGAGCUGGAGGAACGCACGAACGACCUCCAAGAGCGUGCUGCUGCUGCCGAGGAUGCCGCUCGCCGUCGCUGUGCCGCUGCAAGGGAGAAGGAGGAGGCUGCGAAGCGCCUGGAGGCGGAGCUGGAGGUGCGCACGAACGACCUCCAAGAGCGUGCAAACGAUCUCCAAGAGCGUGCUGCUGCUGCCGAGGAUGCCGCUCGCCGUCGCUGUGCCGCUGCAAGGGAGAAGGAGGAGGCUGCGAAGCGCCUGGAGGCGGAGCUGGAGGAACGCACGAACGACCUCCAAGAGCGUGCUGCUGCUGCCGAGGAUGCCGCUCGCCGUCGCUGUGCCGCUGCAAGGGAGAAGGAGGAGGCUGCGAAGCGCCUGGAGGCGGAGCUGGAGGAACGCACGAACGACCUCCAAGAGCGUGCUGCUGCUGCCGAGGAUGCCGCUCGCCGUCGCUGUGCCGCUGCAAGGGAGAAGGAGGAGGCUGCGAAGCGCCUGGAGGCGGAGCUGGAGGAACGCACGAACGACCUCCAAGAGCGUGCUGCUGCUGCCGAGGAUGCCGCUCGCCGUCGCUGUGCCGCUGCAAGGGAGAAGGAGGAGGCUGCGAAGCGCCUGGAGGCGGAGCUGGAGGUGCGCACGAACGACCUCCAAGAGCGUGCAAACGACCUCCAAGAGCGUGCUGCUGCUGCCGAGGAUGCCGCUCGCCGUCGCUGUGCCGCUGCAAGGGAGAAGGAGGAGGCUGCGAAGCGCCUGGAGGCGGAGCUGGAGGAACGCACGAACGACCUCCAAGAGCGUGCUGCUGCUGCCGAGGAUGCCGCUCGCCGUCGCUGUGCCGCUGCAAGGGAGAAGGAGGAGGCUGCGAAGCGCCUGGAGGCGGAGCUGGAGGUGCGCACGAACGACCUCCAAGAGCGUGCAAACGAUCUCCAAGAGCGUGCUGCUGCUGCCGAGGAUGCCGCUCGCCGUCGCUGUGCCGCUGCAAGGGAGAAGGAGGAGGCUGCGAAGCGCCUGGAGGCGGAGCUGGAGGAACGCACGAACGACCUCCAAGAGCGUGCUGCUGCUGCCGAGGAUGCCGCUCGCCGUCGCUGUGCCGCUGCAAGGGAGAAGGAGGAGGCUGCGAAGCGCCUGGAGGCGGAGCUGGAGGAACGCACGAACGACCUCCAAGAGCGUGCUGCUGCUGCCGAGGAUGCCGCUCGCCGUCGCUGUGCCGCUGCAAGGGAGAAGGAGGAGGCUGCGAAGCGCCUGGAGGCGGAGCUGGAGGUGCGCACGAACGACCUCCAAGAGCGUGCAAACGACCUCCAAGAGCGUGCUGCUGCUGCCGAGGAUGCCGCUCGCCGUCGCUGUGCCGCUGCAAGGGAGAAGGAGGAGGCUGCGAAGCGCCUGGAGGCGGAGCUGGAGGUGCGCACGAACGACCUCCAAGAGCGUGCAAACGACCUCCAAGAGCGUGCUGCUGCUGCCGAGGAUGCCGUUCGCCGUCGCUGUGCCGCUGCAAGGGAGAAGGAGGAGGCUGCGAAGCGCCUGGAGGCGGAGCUGGAGGUGCGCACGAACGACCUCCAAGAGCGUGCAAACGACCUCCAAGAGCGUGCUGCUGCUGCCGAGGAUGCCGCUCGCCGUCGCUGUGCCGCUGCAAGGGAGAAGGAGGAGGCUGCGAAGCGCCUGGAAGCGGAGCUGGAGGUGCGCACGAACGACCUCCAAGAGCGUGCUGCUGCUGCCGAGGAUGCCGCUCGCCGUCGCUGUGCCGCUGCAAGGGAGAAGGAGGAGGCUGCGAAGCGCCUGGAGGCGGAGCUGGAGGUGCGCACGAACGACCUCCAAGAGCGUGCUGCUGCUGCCGAGGAUGCCGCUCGCCGUCGCUGUGCCGCUGCAAGGGAGAAGGAGGAGGCUGCGAAGCGCCUGGAGGCGGAGCUGGAGGUGCGCACGAACGACCUCCAAGAGCGUGCUGCUGCUGCCGAGGAUGCCGCUCGCCGUCGCUGUGCCGCUGCAAGGGAGAAGGAGGAGGCUGCGAAGCGCCUGGAGGCGGAGCUGGAGGUGCGCACGAACGACCUCCAAGAGCGUGCUGCUGCUGCCGAGGAUGCCGCUCGCCGUCGCUGUGCCGCUGCAAGGGAGAAGGAGGAGGCUGCGAAGCGCCUGGAGGCGGAGCUGGAGGUGCGCACGAACGACCUCCAAGAGCGUGCUGCUGCUGCCGAGGAUGCCGCUCGCCGUCGCUGUGCCGCUGCAAGGGAGAAGGAGGAGGUUGCGAAGCGCCUGGAGGCGGAGCUGGAGGAACGCACGAACGACCUCCAAGAGCGUGCUGCUGCUGCCGAGGAUGCCGCUCGCCGUCGCUGUGCCGCUGCAAGGGAGAAGGAGGAGGCUGCGAAGCGCCUGGAGGCGGAGCUGGAGGUGCGCACGAACGAUCUCCAAGAGCGUGCUGCUGCUGCCGAGGAUGCCGCUCGCCGUCGCUGUGCCGCUGCAAGGGAGAAGGAGGAGGUUGCGAAGCGCCUGGAGGCGGAGCUGGAGGAACGCACGAACGACCUCCAAGAGCGUGCUGCUGCUGCCGAGGAUGCCGCUCGCCGUCGCUGUGCCGCUGCAAGGGAGAAGGAGGAGGUUGCGAAGCGCCUGGAGGCGGAGCUGGAGGAACGCACGAACGACCUCCAAGAGCGUGCUGCUGCUGCCGAGGAUGCCGCUCGCCGUCGCUGUGCCGCUGCAAGGGAGAAGGAGGAGGCUGCGAAGCGCCUGGAGGCGGAGCUGGAGGAACGCACGAACGACCUCCAAGAGCGUGCUGCUGCUGCCGAGGAUGCCGCUCGCCGUCGCUGUGCCGCUGCAAGGGAGAAGGAGGAGGCUGCGAAGCGCCUGGAAGCGGAGCUGGAGGUGCGCACGAACGACCUCCAAGAGCGUGCAAACGACCUCCAAGAGCGUGCUGCUGCCGUCGAUGAUGCCGCUGCAAGGGAGAAGGAGGAGGCUGCGAAGCGCCUGGAGGCGGAGCUGGAGGAACGCACGAACGACCUCCAGGAUCAUGUGGCAUCGGUGGUGA